GUACCUUCCACUUUCGCAACAAGACAACACCUUCCCCAGCAGCGCGGAACGGGAACCGGGGAAUUGGGUCGAAAACGCGUGCUCAAAAAGGAGCUCGGGUGCGCUUGUUGCUGUUUCGGUGAGUCUUCCUUUCCCUCCCUUCCCCUCUAUCCUAGGACGCCUUUCACCUCCCCGGGGCUCGGCCGGAUCUUUUGCCCUCAACUGCAGCAUGCUUCGCGGAACGAUCGCGGUGGGCGUGGCGUGCCUCGCGCAGCUCGUCGCGGGGCUCGACGGGCCGCUUUUUCGGACCUCCUUGACGCUCCGGGACUUUAGGGAACAGCUGGAACGGCGUCAGGCUAGAGACGGCGCCGCUCUGGAAGCCCGGAGCAGCGACCUGCAGGAUCUGUACCCGGCGCACACCCUCCAGGUCCCUGUCGACCAUUUCCACAAUGACAGCCUCUACGAGCCGCACUCGUCCGAGACCUUCCCGCUGCGCUACUGGUUCGAUGCCAGCCACUACAAGAAGGGCGGCCCCAUCAUCGUUCUGCAGAGUGGCGAGACGGACGGCGUCGGCCGCCUCCCUUUCCUCCAGAAGGGCAUCGUCGCCCAGCUCGCCCGGGCCACUAACGGGCUCGGCGUCAUUCUCGAGCAUCGCUAUUACGGCGAGAGUAUCCCGACCCCCGACUUCAGCACCGAGAAGCUCCGCUUCUUGACCACGGACCAGGCCCUGGCCGACAUGGCCUACUUUGCCCGGCACGUCGUCUUCAAGGGGUUGGAGCACCUGGACCUGACGUCCGCCAAGAACCCCUACAUUGCCUACGGCGGCUCCUACGCCGGCGCCUUUGUGGCCUUUCUGCGGAAGCUCUAUCCCGACGUCUACUGGGGCGCCAUCUCCUCCUCGGGCGUCCCCGAGGCCAUCUAUGACUACUGGCAGUACUAUGAGGCCGCGCGCAUCUACGCGCCUCACGACUGCGUAGUGGCCACCCAGAAGCUGACCCACAUCGUGGACAACAUCCUCCUCGACAAGGCCGAUACCGACUACGUCAGGCGUCUCAAGACCGGCUUCGGUCUCGGCGGCGUCACGCGCAACGACGACUUCGCCAACGCCAUCUCGUGGGGCAUCGGCGGCCUGCAGGGCCUGAACUGGGACCCGGCCCUGAACGACACCGGGUUCGGCGAAUACUGCAACAACCUGACCGCCACCAAGCCGCUCUACCCGACCUCCCCCGCCCUCGAGCAAGAGGCCCGCGAGCUCGUCAAGGCCGGUGGGUACGGCAAGGAGGCCGACACCCUCACCACCCAGCUCCUCAAUUACAUGGGCUAUGUCAACGCCACGACGGUCCAGACCUGCCACAAGGACAGCCAGGACGAGUGCUUCACCAACUACAACUCCACCUUCUACCAGCAAGACGACAAGACGCAGGACUGGCGCCUGUGGCCAUACCAGUACUGUUUUGAAUGGGGCUACUUGCAGACCGGCUCGGGCGUGCCCGCCAACCAGCUCCCGCUCAUCUCGCGCCUCAUCGACCUCAACUUCACCUCGGUCGUUUGCCGCGAGGCCUUCAACAUCACAACCCCAUCGCAGGUCGAGCGCAUCAACAAGCUUGGCGGCGUCAAUAUCAGCUAUCCGCGCCUGGCCUUCGUCGACGGCGAGCGCGACCCCUGGCGGUACGCCUCGCCCCACCGCAUCGGGCUGCCCGAACGCAAAAAUACCAUCAGCGAGCCUUUCAUCCUUAUCAAGGACGGCGUGCACCACUGGGACGAGAACGGGCUGUUCCCCAACGAGACCCGGCCGGGCCUGCCGCCCAAGCCGGUGGCCGAUGCGCAGCGGGCGGAGGUCAAGUUUGUAAAGGCGUGGCUGAAGGAGUGGAAGGAGAAGGAGAAGUGUAGGGGCCGGAAAUUCUGUUGGCCCUGAAGCGUGCUAACAGAUACUAACCGAGCAGCAGAUUCGUACGAGGGGGAUGAUCUCUGACGAUUCUCCCAGAUGGAUGUGAUCUAAGCGGCCAGGGGACCGAGCUAGGAUACU